ACAGGGGACGCUAACAAGUAAAAAAUAAAAGUGAAGAAUAUUACAAUGAAAAGGCCUGACUUGCUAAGGAGGUCAAUGUGAAGUUUCGUGUCAUCCCAUAAGGUGUUUUUCCUCCGCAGUCUAAACUUUUCCCUGGACUAUAAUCUUAUCAGUUGCCGAGACACGUGGACGCGCAUCAGCAGCGGCGAGCAGAGGCGCGCUCCUGUAUUAGUAUCCACACUGGUUCUCUCUCAGACCUCAGUCAGCGUUUGACUCAGCGGUGGUAGCAGGGGAUCUACGGAUUCCACUUGACAGCUACUCCUUUACACCAAAAUCGAGUGCAUCCCCGCAGCUAAAACAUGUCAAAGUUGGAUCAGAUUCUCGUUCUCGACCCUCCCUCUGACCUUAAAUUUAGAGGUCCUUUUACAGAUGUAGUUACGACCAACCUCAAACUGAAGAACCCCUCUGACAGAAGAGUGUGUUUUAAAGUGAAGACAACAGCACCGCGCAGAUACUGUGUGCGACCAAACAGUGGUGUCAUUGAGGCCGGAGCCAGUGUCAACAUCUCGGUUAUGCUGCAGCCCUUCGACUAUGACCCCAACGAAAAAAGUAAACACAAAUUCAUGGUGCAGACGAUUUUUGCUCCACCAAAUGUUUCUGACAUGGAUGCCUUGUGGAAAGAUGCUAAACCUGAUGAUCUCAUGGAUUCCAAGCUGAGAUGUGUCUUCGAGCUGCCUUGUGAAAAUGACAAAAUGAAUGACGUGGAGGCGACCAAAGCAGCGCCGGUGAUGAACUCUGCAAAGGGUGAUCCAUCAGCGACCACUGUGCCUGCAGCCACCGCACAGCUGGAUGACACAGAGAUGAAGAAGAUGAUGGAGAAGUGCAAGAGGCUGCAGAGUGAGAUCAACAAGCUGGUUGAUGAGAACCGACAACUAAAGGACGAUGGUGUUAGGAUGAGAAAGGCGCCGCGCUCAGACCACAUGACGACAAACUCGACCAGCCUCCUCGGCCGAGAAGCCCCCACCGCCUCCCUGCCCUCCCUCCUCGUUGUCAUAGCAGCCAUCUUCAUUGGAUUCUUCUUAGGGAAGUUCAUCUUGUAGACUGGGAGAUGCAUGCCUUGGUUUCACAAACCCCUCUCCCCCGGCUCCAAAUUCAACAAGGCCUGGAAAAACCUCCAAGUCUUUCUGUUGACUUUGCCAUAUCAUUGGUAGUGUGGCCUACAGUGAACACAUCUGUACAGCAUCAUUUGAAGGCAACACAUUUUUACAAUUUCACACAGUUAGCACAUAAGAAAAGUGACAAAAAAAAAACAACAACGAUUGCUUCAUUUUGUUUUGUUUUCUUUGUGGCUGGAAUUAAAACAGGUUCAUGUGAUGGGAGAGUAAAUAAAGUAUACUGUAAUUCAACAAGGUUCACCGAGUGAAGAGCAAGCAGUCCAGCAAAAUAUCAUCCUUUUGCAUUUCUCUAAUUCUGUUUUAAGUAUAACUCAAAUAGGUUUCUUGUUAGCGUUGUUUUUAAAUCCUUUUAAAUAAAAAAGGAAAGAACUUCCAUCACAAUGACUGUGCUACCUGUAUUUUCUCUGGAUUGUCCCAAAGUAAAUUUGUUCAUAUUUGCACCAACUUGUGUGGACGGCAUCUAGAUUUUUUGCAGAUAUUAUUAUUAUUAUUAUUAUUAUUAUUAUUACUACAUUUGCACAUAGGUUCAGCCAUGUCACAAAUGUCCUUAGCUGUAAUUACAACUCAUAGGCCUCAUGGGGGUGCUACACUACCAGUCUUGAUUUCACAAGUUAAAUUUAUGAUAUAUCAUGUCUCAUAUGCUACAGCUUUUCAACUUGUAACUUUUGUACACAUUGUUAUAGAAAACAAGAGGUCCCUCUGUUUUUUUUUUCAUCAAAACUGUAAAAGUUAUUACAAUUAUUUAUUACCACUUUUCUUUUUUUUUUUUUUUUUUUUGCUCGGUUGACACCAAACAAGCUCCAGUGCGUCCUCAGACUGUCCUACAAAACAGAGAAACUUGAAUCUUCAGUGCAUGGAAGUUGACUGUUUAAGGUGCUGUAAAAACACUUGCAAUUUCUUGCUAAAUAAAUCUUCAAUGUUCAUUAAA